AUGUAUGAAAUAAGUAAAGAAAAGUCGUUUUACUCAAGCUUAACAAUUUUAAGGUAUACCUAUGCCAUACCAAGUGCAACAGAAAAAUCAGGACUGACAUGGUUUCGAUUUAUAUUUAUUGUUAUUAGAUUGGCAAGUUUAUUAAAUUUUGUUAUUUUGCCAUGUCUUCAUUUGAUUUCAACAGUAAGAGCCAAGACUGGGGUGGAUAUAAGUGAAGAUCUCUCGACUAUGUUCGGUGCUUUUGGAUUCAUCACAAAUGCCGUUACAUUCUUAAUUUUAUACGAGAAAUGGUCGCAAUUUUUUAUCGAUGUAGAAGAUUGUAACAGGUUUGAAAUUCCAGAAGGAAUUGAGGAGCGAAAAAAGAAAUUGAACUUGUAUUCACUUUUAUACGCUUUAUAUGCAAUAUGUGGAGUUCUAAUCUAUGGAGUCAUCGCUUCUUCUGAAACGUCUUACUGUAAGAGAAUGAACGAGGAACAUGGAUUGAGCGAGACCUGCGGCAUGUUCACACCAAUUGUGUUGCCGUUUGAUGGAUCCAAUGUCUAUAUUCGAUCAAUUAUUUUUGGUAUUCAGAUGCUGUUAGGUAUGUUCACUUUACCUUCGACUGCUCUGAUUAGUUUCUUAUUGUACGAGGGAGUUGAAACUCUAAUACUUCAUAUAACACAGCUCAAGAAGAGUUUUAUCGAGGUUUUUGACGUCGCAAGUAACGCAGAGCGAAAGAAACGGCUUAGAUUCUGCGUAUAUUACCAUAUCAAUAUACUAAGUUUGUGUCAGCGUCUAAGUACUUUGGGAAAAUAUACGUCCGGUUUCCUAUGUAUGGCAUGUGCACUGGUGUUUGGAUGUAUUGGAAAUCUUAUACUAAAGUCUAAACCAAUUGCAGGAAUAAGUUAUCUGCUGGAGUAUGUUUUCGCUUUAUUUCUACUUUGCCACGGAGGACAGAGGCUACUAGAUGAGACACUGUCGGUUGCCGACGUCAUAUAUGACACAAAAUGGUACGACGGCGAUGUGCAGAUAAUGAGGGACAUACGUUUUAUUCUAGCUAGAUCUCAGAUACCAGUUAUGAUAGGAGCAUUGCCAUUGGGAUGCAUGAAUUAUGCUUUAUUUCUGAUGAUAAUGAAGACCUCCUACUCGUAUCUCACCUUGUUAACUCAGAAUACUUAGAAGAAGAAAUAAAUUGUCUAUCAAAAUAUGAUAAUAUAU